UGACCCUCGCAGUUGCCGUCGUUCUAUCAGUCAUGUGACCUAGUCAGCAGACGAUCCUAACACGGUUGUAGUUUUGCGGUACCUCUAGCGGCAUUUACCUCACCAGCUCACCUGCCAGGCGACAUGGACCAUCGUCGCGUCGACAGGGUGGGCAUCCUGUCUCCCCUGGAAGAGUCGAGCGCUGAAAUCAGCAGGGACAGCGGCAUCGUGUCGCAGAGCGCCAGCAGCUUGUCCAUGGUGAGCGACAUCCUCAGCAGCGGCACGGUGUCGCAGAGCCCCAGCUUCGGCGCGGCGGCUAACGUCGUCGCGUCGCCCUGUCCGAGCUUUCACCAAGCGGCUGCAGCGGCGGCGUCCCAGCACGGCCCAGAACAUCACGACGCGGACCUGAUGUUCGCAACGCUCGCGUACUCCUCCUACGUGAGGGCAACAGCGGGAGAGGAGAUUCUAUGCUUGGAGAAAAGCAUGGAGGAAAUGUUGACCAGAGUGGACGAGUUUGUCGGCAUGCUGGAUAUGAUUCGGAGCGACACAUCACAGAUUGUGAGUGAAAACCUACCUCAGGUUCAGCACAAGUCUGAGGAAAUGAGACAACUGUAUAGGCGCAUCGACAAGUUAGAGAGCUUUGUCAAGAUGGUGGGAGCCAACGUUGGAGCCAUGGAGGAGCAGUUGACCCAGGCGGAAGGAGAAUUCGCCACGCUACCGGGUGCCUUCAAGAAGAUCUUCAGCACAAUGAGUGUGCCCGGCUUCUUAAAUGGGAGGCGCACGUCCCUGCUCACAUAUCAGCUGAGAAAUUCGCUGAGACAACAUUAAAAUAUCAUCUGAGAAAUCCGCUGAGACAGCAUUAAAAUAUCAGCUGAGGUCAUGCAUACCAGGCUUUCCGUCAUUCCACACAUUCCGAUGAGGUAAUGCCAGAGGAGCUAACGAGCCUAUAAGAGCUUGGCUUCGGACGAGAAAAGGGCUCUUCCUGAUCAGGGCGAUGACCCUGACGCUGCCCGGAGUAAAGAACGCCGCUUAGACGAAACGAAGAUGGGUUUUUCAUUCUUUUUGAGAUUGGACCAAAAUCUACUAAGAUGAAUUUCCAGAGUCUUCGAAUUGGACUUUGUCAAAUUUUAAGCUUCGAAUUAGACUUCGUCAAAUUUUAAGCUUCGAAUUAGACUUUGUCAAAUUUUAAGCUUCGAGGAAGGCAGAGGAGACAGCCGCUUCUGGCAGCUAGGGGAAGACGCCAAUGUAACGGCGUAGGCUAAUCUCCUCCUCGGCAGACCUUUCCUCUUUUUAAACAGGAUUCGGAUUUUGGAACAAAGGAGAACUGAUCACUCGACUUGUUCAAUCAAAUAGCAUUUUAGACCUUUUGUCUCCUGUUUUGUUCUGAGAUUGGUGAGUGGAAUUAUUGUUGUUUGUUCAACUUGUAAUUCUUUUUCUUGCCUAUUCAUUAAAUUUCUCUUUAAUCCUUAAUUUGGUUAUCGAUUAUUUCGUAUUAACUAUGUUCAGCAUGGUUUUAUAUGCAGUAAUUAGAACUUUAAAUUUUCUUUAUUUCUCUAUCAUAGUCAAUUCUUUAAAUCCGUUCAAUUCUUUUUAAAAUGAAGACAGCUUUAAUCCUUAACAUCAGGUAUUGUCAGAUCUGGUUCGAAAUAGUCAUCUUAAGGUCAGCUAGGGCGAAUGCGUGCUAGUGUAAAUAAUGAAUCCCAGAGGUCUAAACCAGGGGUCACCAAACUACGGCCCGCGGGCCCGCCAACCCUGAACAAAAUGUAUUUUUAAACUUUUUUUUUUGGUCAUUUUGCCUGCAAUGACUGCGUUUCCCCAGUAGAUUUACUACCGGAAGCCGUGUUAGAAAGCUCGGUGCACACUCACAAGUGCGUGUACGGACAUGGCGCACUCGCGCUCUAUUUGUAUCAGUCCCGAAUUUAGAGCGUGGGCUGUGACGACAGCCUUCUUGUAAUUUGCGCGCUGAGCUUUCAGAUGCAGUUUUGCGCUAAAGCCACCCACAAACCUUCCCCUGGAAUCCUUCCAUUAAAAUGAGUCGCCCAAGGAAAAGUAAGGUGGACACAGUGGCGAGCGUUUAAAAGAGAGUGGCCAAUUUGGCUCGACGUACGCGACGUGACGUUCAGCCACAUGAACGUCAACAUCAACCCGUCACAGAUCGAGGUAAACGGACCAACACCUCGGAUCUCGCCUAAGAAUUGCCACAACAAAUUUUACUCCAGACUAUGACGCACUAGCAAACUUUAACAAAAAAGACAGCGGUGUCUACAAGCCUACUGGAAUUUACAAAAGGAUUAUAAGGAAGGAACACAAGAACUUUAAGAGACUGCUCAUAUACGUCAGAGAGAUUCUGCUCUGACAACUGAGCUGAACUUUUAUCUGUUAAGAUUGUGCAUGGCACAACAGAAAAUUAAUGUUCCAUGUUUUUUUUUCUAUGAAGAACCCAUAGAGAGUUAUUUAGUUAUUAUUUAUUUCCUGUUUUUUCUGUGAAGAACUCAGAGAGGGUUAUUUAGUUAUUAUUUAUUUCAUUAAUAGUGUUAUUAUUUGUUUCCUGACUUUUUUUCUGUAAAGAACCUGGAAAGGGUUAUUAAAUAACCGUUAUUUGGUUAUGUGUGGCUUUCUGGAAAACAAUAAAAUUUUUAAGCUCCCCUACGAUCGUCACACUUUUUCUGUUACAAACUGACACCGGCCCCCCAUCAGAGAAGGGAAAGGUUAUGUGGCCCUCACAGGAAAAAGUUUGGGGACCCCUCGUCUAAACAAAGACAUCUAAAUAUAUCCGAGAUUUAACAAAAGCUCAAAAUCAGACGGAAGAGAGUCAAACAGUAGGGCGCGGUCUGAUGACGUGUCUCGACCUUAGUUACCCUGUGCAAGCGUGGCUUGACUAACGGGAUUGGCGUCAUAAAGAGAUUAGAUUGAUUCCUUCAGAAUUAAUUUAAGGUGGUUAGCAACUCGGACGAGU